GCUUUUUGUUUCUCAGCCCAGCGCCAGUCCAAAGACUUUCUCCCCUCGAUUUCUCUGAUUUAUUUCCCUGAGUUGGAUCCUUCGAGUAGUGCCGUCUGAACUGCUUCAACUGCAAUGGCGAAAAAAUUGAAGAAGGUUGCGAAAGCAGCCAGCAUUGCGCUUCCUCGACCUGUAACAAGCCCAUAUGCAAGCCCAUCCGUUACCUUACACUUUGGUCCUCAACAUCAGACAUACUAUCUUCCAGAAGUUCUGCUGAAGAGAUUAGAGAAUAUCCCGAGUCGUGAUCCCUGGACACGUGAGAUCAAUCUCGUGGAUGUAGACGCAAACAUUGGUCACGUCUUGAUCCACUUCCUGCACACAGGUGUCUACCAGACUCUUAGUGAUGAUGGUACCGAGGAUUCCGAUAACAGUAUCGUCCGCAAUGAGUUCCAGAAAGCUGUGCUUACUCUCGAAGCCGCUGAGAAGUACAGCGUGCCUGGACUCAAGGAACUAGCGCAAAUCGAGCUGGAGCGACGAGGCAAAGAGAUGUGCUUACGUGACGCUGUGCGCGCUAUCCGAGAAGCGUUCAUUGCAGGGCCUCCUGACGAAUACGCGUGGCUUCGAGACUACGUUUCAAAGAAAGUACAAUGGACCUUCAAGCAUGACCCUUCCGCGUUGACCGCACCGGACUUCUUUGAAAGCAUCGAAAGCCCUACGCUGACAAGGCUCCUAGCUCGUCUCAUCGUUGGGUUGUACAGCGAUGAAGUAGAGCAGUUGCGCGAAGUAAGAGUUGCAACUGGCAAUGCCCCUGCUGAGCAUCAAGAUCCAACGGUAGAGGCGAGGAAGUUGAAAGUCAAGCUAGGCAAAGAGGCAGAGUUGAAGGAAGAGAAGGAGCAGCUAUGCCUAAAAAAAGAAGAAGAAGAAGUUAGCGCUGCUGCUGCUGAAGCUGAAGAAGCCGAAUUGAGGAAGAUAGAGGAAGAGGAAGCCGCCACUGCUGCUGUUGAAGCUGAAGAAGCUGAAGAAGCUGAAUUAAGGAAGAUAGAGGAAGAGGAAGCCGCGGCUGCUGCUGUUGAAGCUGUUGAAGCUGAAGAAGCUGAAUUAAGGAAGAUAGAGGAAGAUGAAGCCGCGGCUGCUGCUGUUGAAGCUGAAGAAGCUGAAUUAAGGAAGAUAGAGGAAGAUGAAGCCGCGGCUGCUGCUGUUGAAGCUGAACAAGCUGAACAAGCUGAACAAGCUGAACAAGCUGAAAUGAGGAAGAUAGAGGACGAGAAAGCAGCGGCUGCCGUUGCUAACUGGAGCAAUUGGCACAUUGCAGCUCCAACCGUUACAAAUAAGAAGAAGGCUAAGAAAGCAGAGCGUAUACGUCUAAGAGAGAAGGAGGAGAGACUUUUUGAAGAAGAGAAACGUAUAUGCCUGAAAGAAGAGGAAGCUACUGUCGCUGCCGCCAAAGCCGAGGAAGCUGAGUUGAAGAAAAGGGAGGAAGAGGAAGUCGUCGCUGCUGUUGCUAAAGUCUGCGUGAGCGACUUCAACGCAAGGAUCGAAAAAGGCGCUACAUUGGAUGAUGAUGAUGACUGUGAAUCACGCUUGGAGCAUCUGUCUCGAAACGAGGGGUGGCAGAACUGUAAGCCAUGCGAACUCUACAUGCGAAAGAUCGCUAUCAAGCUCCAUUCAGUGGAGCUACCGAUCGUGAGUGGGCUCAGCACGAUCGAUUGACCAGAACACGCAGAAACACUUACUCUAAAUCCAACAGAGCUGAGCUAGCAUGCG